AUGGAGUCUGUGCAACAAUAUGUGGGUGAAUUUCGAGAUCUGGCCAAAAGACCUCGGUCGUUCCUGACGCAGGUGCUGAAUUUGGGCUGCAUCGUUUUUUCCGCGCUGAUGCUCUGGAAGGGCCUCAUGGUGGUAACGAAGAGUGAAAGCCCAGUUGUAGUCGUGCUCAGCGGCAGCAUGGAGCCGGGCCUUCAAAGAGGCGACAUCCUGUUUCUCACACUCUUUGGUGAGCCGUUCAAGCCCGGCGAUGUUGUUGUCUUUCAGAUAGAGGGGCGGGACAUCCCGAUUGUCCACAGGCUCCUGAAUGUGCAUGAAAAGCCUGAUGGAACACUUUCCAUGCUGACGAAAGGUGACAACAACCAGGUGGAUGACAGAGGUCUUUAUGCGGCGAGGCAGCUCUUCCUCAGUAAAAAGGAGAUCAUGGGACGGGCGCAGGCAUACCUGCCAUACGUCGGAAUGGUCACCAUUUGGCUGAACGAUUACCCGUGGCUAAAAUAUGUUCUGAUCGGUUCAAUGGGCUUCUUUGUCAUAAUCGGUCGUGAGUAA